AUGCAAACUUGCCUUCGAUCAACCACGGGAGCCAAGAGCUUCUUCCAGGUUGAAUCCACCAGGGAGAGUUUCGCCACCCUCCUCAAAUCAUGCGCAAGAGCCAACGAUUUGGCCACCGGCCGGGCGCUCCACUUCCAGAUCCUCCACAGCGGUCACAACGGGGACAAGCUCCUGGACGAACUCCUCCUCCAAAUGUAUGGCAAGUGCGGCAGCGUGGAGGACGCCCGGCUCGUCUUCUCCCAGAUGCGCCAUCCAGGCCUUUCCUCCUGGAACAUGAUGAUCGCCGCGUAUGCCCGCAAUGGGCAUCUGGGACACGCCAAGAACACCUUCGAUCGAAUGCCGUGCCGCGAUUCUGUCUCGUCCAACACCAUGAUCUGGGCUUUCUCGCUGGGAUCGAAUCUCUCUGCCGUGAAGAACACCUUUGAUCUCAUGCCCGAGAGAGAUCUUCGCUCCUGGAACUCACUCGUCGCAGCAAAUGCCCAAAAGGGGGAUACCCAUCUCGCCAAGAGGGCGUUUGAUCGUAUGCCCGCCCGCGAUGGCGUCUCUUGGAACGCGAUCCUCUCGGCUUGCCUCGACAAUCCGGAUGCCGCGCAGGGGAUCUUCCACGACUGCCCCGAUCGAAGCAUUGCAUCGUGGAGCAGCGUGAUCCAGGCGGUGAUUGCCGCUGGGCAGAUCCACCGCGCGGUGGAGAUUUUCGAGCUCAUGCCUGCUCGCGAUGUCUGGGUCUGGAAUGCGAUCGUCACGGCGCAUGGAGCGAGCUCCAAUCCGGCCGCGGCGAAGAAAGCUUUCGAUCAAAUGCCCGGAAGAGAUGUGGUAGCGUGGAGCUCGCUCAUCCAGACUCUCCUCCAGUCCUCGAAUCACUUCGCUACCGCGGAAGAGGCGUUCCAGCGAUUGCCGGCCAGGAAUGUGGUCUCCUGGACGAUGAUCUUGCUAGCGCGAUCGCAGCGCUGCGACCUGGCGGCCACGAAAUCCCUCUUCUCCGCCAUGCCCCAGCGCGAUCUGGUGGCCUGGAACGCGCUCAUCACCGCGCACGCGCAGUGCUACCAGGAAUCCAAAGCCAUCUUCGAUCGAAUGCCCGCCCAGAGCAUCGCGUCCUGGAAUUGCCUGAUCACAUCCCUGUCGCUGGGCAAGAACACCGAGACCGCGAGGCAGAUCUUCGACGCGAUGCCACAGCAGGAUUCCAACACCUGGGCCGCGAUCAUCACCGCCUACGCGCAGAACGGCCGCCUGGAUCAAGCGCACGAGAUCUUCCAAACCCUAGCGCUCCAAGAUCGCCAAGAACAGGGCCAAGAACCCCAAGAACACCGCAAUCUCGCGGCCUGGAACGCGAUCAUCGCCGCGCACGCGCAAUUCGGCAAUGGCGCCGACGCCGUCGCGCUGCUCCACGCGAUGCUGCUCGAGGGAUCGUCCUCCCCGUCCGACGGCUCCUUCCUGGGCGCCCUCAAUGGAUGCGCCCACGCCGGGCUCGUGGAAGAGAGCCGAUCGAUCUUCCAGGCGAUGGCGAGCGACUAUUCGAUCGCGCCGCGGCUGGAGCACUACUGCUGCGUGAUGGAGGCGCUGGGGCGAGUGGGGCAGCUGGAUCGCGCCGAGGAGCUCAUGGCCGCCAUGCCCUAUUUGCCCGACGAGGUGGCGUGGGUGGGGUUUGUGGGCAUCUUCCAGAUCCAUGGGCAAGUGACGAGGGCGGCGGCGGCCGCGCAGCAAUUCGUGGAUGCCAAUCCGGCGAGCGCCACUGCCCAGGUGCUGCGAUCGGUGGUUCUUCGCUGGGCGGCGUCUGGCGCGCAAAACCGAGAAAUUUGA